GCUUAACGAGCGGUGCAAAAAACGUCGUCUCGGAGUUUGUUGAGUGCUGUCAAGUCUUUGACACGAUUGAACUUGCUCUUCGCGGGACAAAGAUUCUCUUCAGAGCGCUGAAAACUCAAUGCUGCAGAAGUGGCUACGGGACGGAGCUGACCGAACUAAAAGUUUUGGAAGGACCGAGAAAGCUGUAGAAACCAGCUAAAAGUUCUUCAGUUGCAUUCAAAUGUUCGCGUGAAGAAGGUACAUGGAGAGGAAGAGGCGAUUUAUCCACCUCGGGACGGGACAGUAAAAAAAAGUCUUAAGAAAGAAAGACUUCUCGGAAAACGGGCUUAGAAUGAAUUAGUGCAAUAUCAGUGAAUAUUGCUUCAGUUUCAAGCUCGUGAACAGAUGUCUGAGGACGGGAACCCUGGCACAAGCUUGAAUGACCCUCCCAAUGAGGCCCGCAGCGUCCCGCAGAACUCGCCCCCGACUCCCUGCUCAGAAGCAGAUAGGAGCGAUGAGCCCCAGGGGCCCAUGGGAAAAUCCAAGCCCGCCGAAACGCACAGAGUGCUGGAGAAUGGAAAUAACAACAACAGCCUGUCGCAGCUGGACUUCUCUACACAGAGCCCAAGCAUAACAUGUCAGCCUCAGGCCAGAUCGACACCCCUGAUCCCUGCGGCAGACAGCUCGUCGGACACAGCCGGCCUGCUGCGGAACGGGGUUCGGCCCCACCCCCCGGAGCAGAACGGGGUGAAGAACGGCGCGCCGCGCGACCGCGCCCCUGCGGCCCCCCUCCCACGCUCCGCCUCCCAGAGGAGCCCGCGGAAGCUGCAGUCCAACCCGUCCAUCACCAGCCAGUCCAGCAAGAAGAGCAAGAGCAGCUCCAAGUCGGCCGGGUCCCAGAUCCCUACCGAAGCACAGGACGACUGCUGUGUGCACUGCAUCCUGGCCUGCCUGUUCUGUGAGUUCCUGACCCUGUGCAACAUCGUGCUGGACUGCGCCACCUGCGGGUCCUGCGCCUCCGACGACUCCUGCUUCUGCUGCUGCUGCGCCUCGGAGGAGUGCGGCGACUGCGACCUCCCCUGCGACAUGGACUGCGGCAUCAUCGACGCCUGCUGCGAGUCCGCCGACUGCCUGGAGAUCUGCAUGGAGUGCUGCGGCCUCUGCUUCUCCUCCUGA